CCCGCGGCCACAUUCGUGGCCGGAGCUGACAAGUGAACACCUCUGAGGCUCGGAUAAGGUGUCCUAAAACACUGAUGGCAAACUUUAAGGGCCACGCUCUCCCAGGGAGUUUCUUUCUGCUGUUUGGACUAUGGUGGUCAGUGAAGUACCCACUGAAGUACUUUCAUCAAAAGGGCCUAAAGAAGAACAGACUGAGCCAGCAGCAACAGCGUAUUGAGAUCAUUGAAGGUGCAGUCAAGACUUUGUUCGCAGUCAUCGGGAUGCUGGCAGAGCAGUUUGUUCCAGAUGGGCCUCACCUCCACCUCUACCAUGAGAAUCAAUGGACAAAGCUAAUGAACUGGCAGCACAGCACCAUGUACCUGUUCUUUGGUAUCUCAGGACUCAUCGACAUGCUCACCUACCUUUACUUCAACAUUGUGCCCCUGGGGGUAGACAGAGUGGUUUUAGCUAUGGCAGUAUUCAAUGAAGGUUUUCUCUUCUAUUACCACGUUCACAACCGACCUCCACUGGACCAGCACAUUCACUCACUCCUGCUGUUUGGUUUGUUUGGAGCAAGUAUCAGUAUCUUACUGGAGGUGAUCUUACGGGAUAAUAUUGUGCUGGAACUUUUCCGAACCAGUCUCCUUAUUCUUCAGGGAACCUGGUUCUGGCAGAUUGGAUUUGUCCUGUUCCCCCCCUUUGGAACACCAGAAUGGGACCAGAAAGACAUGGACAAUGUCAUGUUUAUCACCAUGUGCUUCUGCUGGCACUAUUUGGUUGCCCUUUGCAUCACAGCUAUCAACUACUCCCUUGUUUACUGCUUUCUGAGUCGGGUGAAGAGACAUGCAGAAGGAGAAAUCAUUGGCAUUCAGAAGCUCAAGUCUGACCACACUUACCAGUCAGCCCUUUUGAGUGGCUCGGAUGAGGAGUGACAUCAGACCUUGGGGAAGUGGAGCCCUCACAUCCUUUGUGAAUAGCUGGAGUGAAUGCAGCAUGUCCCCUCUACUUUAAGGCUUGCUUUAGUGUGCUCUUAGCGCUCCACAUUUGCGUUCCUCAUCUAAUACAAAGCCAGAGGCUCAGAUACAGGAAAAUAGAUCUCAGGUGUUUUUAUGUACCACGCUAUUUGGAUAUUUAAGUAUAACUGAACUUACAAAGUCUGUAUUAGAGUAAUACCAUUCAUACAGAAAAAUGAAGACCUUUCAGUAGCAAGCCUGUUCUUGUAGAGGAAUUGCUGUAAGACUCUGAACACCUCCAACAGGACGUGACUGUGUGGAUGAAGUGAACUGUGACUCUGACAGGACAUUACGUGCUGCUUUGGAUAACUUGCCCCUCUUCUCUCAAUCACGCAGGUCCUUUCUUCUCAGAAAUGUGUCAGGACUUAGGGAAUGACAGACAGUGCCUUCAAUUCAGAGUCAAUUCUAACAUGUUUUUUAAAUAAUAAAGAAACUCAUGAGCUUUGGUAUUUGAAA